AUGUUGAGACUUUGUGGUGAAGUAGCAACCGAAGAAGAGUUACUUGAGAAGACUUACUCUACAUUCCAUUCAUCGAAUGUGAUACUGCAACAGCAGUACAGAAUGAAAGGCUUCGCCACAUAUACUGAUCUGAUCUCGUGCCUGCUUCUGGCCGAGACAAACAAUGAGCUCCUGAUGAAGAACAGUGAAGCUAGACCUGUUGGAACAGCACAAUUACCGGAAGCUAAUGAGGUUGAAAAGAAAGAACCCAACGAGUGCAAUUACGUCCAAAACAAUAAGAGAUCACACGGCAAUGGCCGUGGUGGUUACAAGGGGCGUGGCAGUGACAAUUACUCGAACAGCCGAGACAACUACUCGACCGGCCGGAAAGGAAACCACAAUAACCGUGGUCGUGGUUCCAAUUAUGGCCGUAGCCGAGCAAAUUCAUCAUCUCAACAUAAGACUGAAGCAAUCAGAGACUCAUCACAUCCAACUAAACAACCUGAGUUUUCAUUCUCCAUGACAAACGCUGAGCCAAAGAUGUAG